AUGUUAAGGCUUUCCAUACCCACACUUAGUAAUAGAGCAUUACAGUCAUCGCAUAUCAUCAUAUCAAAUAAGAGAGUUGUAUUCUCGAGGAUAAAAUUAGGCUACGCACUACAGCGUUAUAACUUCACUACAAGUUCAAUUAGAAACGCUUCAAAUAAAGCAGAUGAGGACAAAAUAGAAGAGCAUGGGCAUGGCCAUCAUCAUAAUCACGAUCAUGGCCACAUCCAUACACAUAACUCAGUACAUGAUUCUGAAGAUUCUGACCACAGACAUGUCCAUAUGAAGCAAUCAGAAACGGAGCAAAAUGACACCUAUAGCAUAAGAUCAAUACUAAAACAUUCCCAUACACACUCUCCUAAAGCGACCUAUUUAGGAACCCCGAAGGCGGCGAAGGCGCCAGCAACUCAUAUACAUAGCCAUAUGCAUCAUCAUGGCCAUGGGCACACACAUUCACAUUCAGGUGGUAACCCACUGCUAGUGCUAAGUGCGGAAGAGAUUCGAAAGAAUGCUGGUGUAAGAAUCACGUGGAUUGGACUGGGAUUAAACGUAGCUAUAGCUAUUGGUAAGUUUAUUGGUGGUAUUGUUUUUCAUUCACAAGCAUUGUUUGCAGAUGCCAUCCAUGCAUUAAGUGAUAUGGUAGCUGAUUUUUUAACUUUGUUUUCUGUUGAUUUAGCCUCCAACAAGCCAUCCCAAAAAUAUCCCUACGGAUAUGGUAAAGUGGAAACCGUUGGUUCAUUAGCAGUUUCUACUAUAUUGGCCAUGGCAGGUCUAUCUAUUGGAUGGACUUCAAUCUGUGCUCUCGUUGGCCCCUAUGUUCCCCAUGCAAUCAUUGAAUCACUGCACCAGAUCGGGCUAGCUAACGCAUCUCACCACCAUCAUCAUACUGUAGAAGAAAUUACAAAAGAAGUGACAGAUAUAAAUGCGGCAUGGAUUGCUGCGGCAUCUAUUGCAGCCAAAGAAUGGGUCUUCAGAGCAACAAGAAAAGUAGCUAUUGAGACAAAUUCAAAUGUACUAAUGGCGAAUGCCUGGCACCAUCGUGUUGAUUCUCUCACGUCAUUUGUGGCUCUUAUAACUAUUACAGCUGGUCAUUUAUUCAGUAUUCAAUCGCUAGAUACAAUUGGUGGGCUAAUUGUUUCUAUUCUAAUUUUGAAAGCUGGUGUACAUGGUAUGACUAUGUCCCUCCGUGAACUUGUUGACGAAGCGGUACCCUCGAGUGAUCCAAGAUAUAUCGAAGUUGAGACUAUUAUUGAUGAAACUCUUGCAAAGCUUGUAACCAAUAACAACUCUAAGAUACCAUAUAAGAUAAAGGAACUAACUGUUUUACCAUCUGGUCCAAAUUUGAGGGCACAUUUAACUCUAACAGUACCUCUCCAACGUUGGAAUAAUGUACUUGACUUGGGCGAAUUUGAGCUUAUUUCUGCUCACCUUAGAAAAAUAUUAUCGGAAGAGUUGCCUUCCCUAAUUAAGAUUGAUAUAGAGUAUGUUGAAGAAGUGGAUGAAAAGGAUCUCAUAGAUGAAAAAAAUGAGUUGGAGCAAAAAAAUUGA